GGAGCGGAGGAGGGCGGAGCUCGGGGGAGGAAGAUGGCGGCCGUGCGGGGACUGUCCGUAACUGCCGCGGCGCUGAGAGCGGUCACUCCCUGGCCCAGGGGCAGGCUACUGGCGGCCCCCACGGGGCCACCGGCACGUCGGGUGUCGUCGUCCUCCAACCCCGAGGCCGAUGAAGGGCAGAUCCACCUCACCGAGAGCUGCGUCCAGAGACUCCUGGAAAUCACCAAAGGGUCAGAAUUCCUCCGGCUGGAGGUGGAAGGUGGUGGAUGCUCGGGAUUCCAGUACAAGUUCUCACUGGACACCGUUGUCAACCCGGACGACAGAGUGUUUGAACAGGGCGGGGCCAGAGUGGUGGUUGAUGCUGAUAGCCUGGCCUUCGUGAAAGGCGCCCAGGUGGACUUCAGCCAAGAACUGAUCCGGAGCUCCUUCCAAGUGUUGAACAAUCCUCAAGCGCAGCAAGGCUGCUCCUGCGGCUCAUCCUUCUCUCUCAAACUCUGAUGCCGUGACAGGCGGCCGGACACUGAACCAAGCUAAGAGACCUGGAGUUAGUAGCACUCUAGAGGUUGCCUUCCAAUCAUGUCCCUAUCGAUUUUUUUUCCCCCUUCAGUCCAGGGGUGUUGUUUGCCACUAUUCUUCUCAGGAUGUGACACUUUUACACUUGACUGUAGUUAAGUAUCCCCAGUUCUGGGACAGCUAGAUGCUAGUCUCUAAGAUUCAAUAACAGGUUGGAAUCCCGUUGAAUCUGUAGAACCAUCGUGGUUUUCCAGAACUUGGAGUUAUUUCUCUGACCCUCAGAGCUGUUUGUAUAUAUAUAUAUAUUGUGUGUAUGUGUGUGUGUGCGUGUGCAUAAAAGCAUCAUUUUAAGGAAUGGC